AGCAGUCAACGGAGUAGCACAAAGCGAGCAGCAAUCACAAUUCUCAACCCCGGCGGUGCCACUUCACUCGGUGAAAAAAAUGUCUGUUUCUCCGAUCCGAAUCGGAAUCGUUGGAUGUGCAGAAAUCGCCCGAAAACUAUCCCGGGCCAUCAAUCUUUCUCGUACCGCCACCCUUCACGCCGUCGGCAGUCGCAGCCUCGAAAAAGCGGAGAGAUUUGCCGCCGAUAAUGGUUUCCCGGAAUCCGCUAAGAUCUACGGCAGCUACGAAGCCGUUCUCGACGAUCCCGACGUAGACGCCGUCUAUCUCCCCCUUCCGACGAGUCUGCACGCCAAGUGGGCCGUCCUGGCCGCCCAGAAGAAGAAACACCUGCUGCUGGAGAAGCCGGUGGCGCUGAAUGCCGAGGAGUUCGAUGCAAUCAUGGAGGCGUGCGAAUCCAACGGGGUGCAGUUUAUGGACUCUACCAUGUGGAUGCACCACCCUCGCACUCUCAAGAUGAAGGAGUUCCUCUCAAAUCCAGACCUUUUCGGCCAACUCAAAUCGGUGCAUAGCUGUUUCACAUAUGCUGCUAAUCCAGAGUUCCUUGAAAACGACAUCCGUGUGAAGCCGGAUCUUGAUGCCCUGGGUGCACUUGGGGAUGAAGGGUGGUACUGUAUCAGGUCAAUUCUGUGGGCAUUUGAUUUCCAGCUACCAAAAUCCGUGGUUGCUCUGAGGAACCCAGUCUUCAACAAAGCAGGAGUCAUCAUGGCCUGUGGUGCCUCUCUGUUUUGGGAAGAUGGGAAAGUGGCAACUUUCGAGUGUUCCUUUUUGAGUAACUUGACAAUGGAUGUCACUGCCAUUGGCACCAAUGGAACCCUCCAUCUCCACGACUUUGUCAUCCCUCACCAUGAGAAAACCGCGUCAUAUCUCACCGGGAUGAAAUCUGGGUUCACCGAGUUUGUGACAGCAUGGGAUCCAAAGCCCAGCACACACAUUGUCAACACCGAUCUUCCCCAGGAAGUUCUCAUGGUGGAGGAGUUUUCCAGGUUGGUUUCAGGCAUUAAGAACAACGGUUCAAAACCAGAACAAAAGUGGCCAACCUUUAGCAAGAAGACUCAGCUGGUUAUCGAUGCUGUCAAGGCAUCGAUUGAGAAAGGUUUCGAGGCUGUUGAGGUUAUGAGUUGAGUAAGUUUAAUGUGUGUAAUGCCCUACUCUUCUUGAAUAAGCAGUCCACUGCUCUGUAUCUGUAUCCAGUGUUUUGCAGUUUAUAAAUAAACGGCGCCCUGUUUUCUUGUACUCUGUAUAUUUUAAGUGAAAGUAUGAUCGACUUGCUUUUAGUAACUCCCACUCCUAUCAGUCUAGUAACUCUUCAAUCAUAUAAUAUCAACCUGGGAGAUGUGGCUCGACUGGAUGAGAAAAAAAUUGACUUGCUACCAGGGAAUAAGAACACUAUUUUGAU